UUCGGGGCGGGUCAAGCUUCGGGUAGCCGAGCACAGCCAAUAGGUGGGAGAAGCAAAGGUUCAGUUUAACUCCUCAAUUUGAAACUUGAAAUCGGAAGUGACAGAGGUUUUGUGGGUUGGAAAUUAUGGACAUGGAUGUUGAUGAACCAACCAAAGGCGAAGAAGAAAAGCAAGGAAAGCCCAUAAUCGUAGUAUUGAUGGGUGCACCCGGUAGCGGCAAGUCCACAUUCUGCGAACAAGUCAUGGGCUCCUCUGUUCGUCCCUGGGUCCGGGUCUGCCAGGAUACCAUCAAGAAUGGGAAAGCCGGUACGAAAGCUCAGUGUAUAGAGAGUGCGAGGAGUACAUUGAGGGAAGGAAAGAGUGUGUUUAUAGAUAGAUGCAAUCUAGAGAAAGAGCAAAGAUAUGAGUUUGUGAAGCUUGGUGGUCCUCAAGUGGAUGUUCAUGCUGUGGUGCUUGAUCUUCCUGCUAAGCUUUGUAUCUCGCGGUCGGUGAAGCGAACUGGCCAUGAGGGGAACUUGCAAGGUGGAAAAGCUGCGGCUGUUGUGAAUAGAAUGCUGCAGAAGAAAGAAUUGCCGAAUCUGAGCGAAGGAUUUGGCAGGAUCACUUUUUGCCAGAAUGAGAGUGAUGUUGAAUCUGCCAUUCGUACAUAUAGUGGACACGGUCCCUUGGAUACACUUCGCCAUGGCACUUUUGGCCAGAAGAGCCCGGGUGCAAAAGUUCAACUUGGUAUAAUGAAAUUCCUAAAGAAAACAGAUGCUCCUACUAAUACUGAAUCGACUUCGAACAAGGUUCAGGAUUCUAAUGCUUCUCAAAUUACUGGGGGAAAGGAUACCAGUGUGAAAGGAACAGGUUUGUUUAUUGAAAGUGGUAGUAUGGAGUCCAAGAAAGGUGAACGGCCUGUUGUAGGUUCUGCUGGCACUGACGUCAGACAAUGCUCCCACCCUGGCAUUUCCAUCUAUUUCCACAGCAGAUUUUCAGUUUGACCUUGAGAAGGCAUCUGACAUUUUUGUAGAGAAAGUUGCAGAAUUUGUAAAUAAACUUGGAAAUGCUAGACUUGCUUUGGUGGAUUUGACUCAUAAAUCAAAGAUUUUGUCCUUGGUGAGGGAUAAAGCUUCACAGAAAAACAUCGACUGCAAUAGGUUCUUCACAUUUGUAGGAGAUAUCAUUAAGCUUCAUUCAGAAGGAUGUCUUUGCUGCAAUGUGAUAGCUAACGCUGCUAACUGGCAACUUAAACCAGGAGGUGGUGGUGUCAAUGCUGCAAUCUUCAACGCUGGAGGUCCUGUGUUUUCAAAGCAAACCCAAAACGAACAUAAGAGAUGCAAUGGAAAUUCCAAAUCCAAAUGUAACUCCAAUUUCAACACUGAUAAUGUCCCAAUCAAUCUUAUUUCCAGAAUUUUGAUGGCUUCCAUUUGAUGUUGAUGCUGAUAGUACUGCUGUGUUGUCCACCGUUAAAGGAGGUCCCCAUAAUCCUUUGUUGCCUUCAAA